CUUUGGACCGUCCGAUUAUCCAAGCACCUGGCAACUUUGGCCGUGGAUCAUCAACUCCCUUGAGGCUUUAGGGCCCGCUGUUAGAGAGAGCGGCGCAAAAUGGUUGUACUGGCUGCGUCGAUCGUCUCUAAGACGGGCAAACCACUCGUCUCGCGCCAGUACAUGGAGAUGAGCCGGAUCAGGAUUGAAGGCCUUUUGGCAGCGUUCCCGAAACUUGUGGGGACAGGCAAGCAGCACACCUACGUAGAGACGGAGAAUGUGCGCUACAUUUACCAGCCGUUGGAGGGUCUGUACCUCCUGCUUAUCACUAACAAGCAGAGCAACAUUUUGGAGGACCUGGAGACACUCCGCCUACUUAGCAAGCUUGUACCAGAAUUCAGCCAGAGCCUGGAGGAGGAGUCAGUUGCUGCAAAAGCUUUUGAGCUAAUCUUUGCCUUCGACGAGGUCAUCUCGCUCGGCCACAAGGAGAACAUCACCGUGCAGCAAGUAAAGCAGAACUGUGAGAUGGAGAGUCAUGAGGAGAAGCUGCACAAAUUGAUUAUCCAGAGCAAGAUUAACGACACGAAGGAUAUCAUGAAGAAGAAGGUGGCUGAUAUAGAGAAGUCCAAAAUGGAGCAAAAGAAGAUUGGCCUUACCUCAGCUCUCUCUGGUUUUGGCAGCAAGGCGGCCAGCUCUAUCAUGCAGGAGCUGGAAUCGGCAACCCCGGCUUACCGGAUCGACCCUACCCCGGUGGCCAUCAGCAAACCCUCCACGGCGGCCUCGCUCAAGCUCCCGAAGGGCAUGCAGCUUGGCAAGGCAAAGAAAGCGAACGAUUUCCUGGAGACUCUUGCGAAGGAGGGCGAAGUCGUAGAGUUGGACGUGCCGAAACCCACGGGCGGUGUGGCAGCGGUCACAGCGAACGUCGCCGCGGACCCCGUGUCCUUGGCGAUUGAGGAGAAGGUCUCAGUUUCGUUGAACAAGCAGGGUGGUGUGGAGAAUCUGGAGGUGCAGGGUACGAUGUCUUUGGUGGUGAACUCGGAUGAGGAUGCGUUCAUUCGCAUCGCCGUCGUGAGCGGCCCCAACAAGGGCUUUCAGUUCAAAACCCACCCCAACAUCGACAAGAACCUUUACGGUUCCUCCAAUGUUCUUGGGCUCAAAGACCCAUCACGCCCCUUCCCCACGGGAAGCGAGCUGGGUAUCCUCAAGUGGCGCUUCCAAAGCAAGGAGGAGAGCCUGGUCCCGCUAUCUAUCAACUGUUGGCCCAGCGUGUCGGGUGGGGAGUCUUACGUCAACAUCGAAUACGAUUCUACAGCAAAUUUUGACCUCCAAAAUGUCCAAAUUAUAAUCCCGGUGCCAGCGGCGAGCCAUGCGCCAACAGUGAACCAGGUUGACGGCGAAUGGCGGUAUGACUCACGGCGAGCGGCGCUCAUAUGGACCAUCGAGCUGAUUGACGACACCAACCGCAGCGGGUCGCUGGAGUUCGUCACGUCGGCGGCGGACGCGGAUGCGUUCUAUCCUGUUGAGGUUACGUUCUCGUCUAACAAGACGUUUUGCGACAUUAACAUCACGGGUGUUGAGCACACGCAAAAGGGCGGCCCCGUGAAGUUCAGCCUGAAGAAGGCGUUGGAGACGGCGGAAUACAGCGUUGUGUAAAAAUGCAUUUUACGGGGACAGGGUCCGUGCUGGGCUUUGUGUGUGCGUAUGUGUAAUGGACGGGGCAAGCAAGGGCGGCUAUGUGUUAGCCGCCAUUCGCAACCUGGGCUCGACAGCUGUGUCGCCAGGUGGGGGAACGAUACGCGGCGCUGGCAGUGGCGGCAGGAGGUGUGAGAACUUGACAGAUAGGCGCCAGGCAGCAGCCAAUGAGGAGCACGCCUGGUGAUGUCAUGCACAUUGCGUGCAUAAGGAAGAAUGGUCGUGGAUGCGUUAUGGAACGGAUCGGUGACCAGUGGUGUCGCACGACUGCUGCCUGCGAAUCUAGGUGGACGUUAUCUGUACUAAAUUUGGCUUCGGAUUAGGCAGGUUUGCAUGGGGCAAACCUUCCAAAUCGAUCUCGCAUUCAUGUAUAUAGGCUUUGGGGCUGAUCCAUGUAAGGUUUCUACACCC